AUGCACGCGGCGCAGAGUCAAUCACUGCCUGAUCUUCGAGAUCAUGACCAAGAAUUUCGCAAGUCAGGCUUCUUCGCAUUGAAGCGGUCGUCAAAAGUGCGAGACAUCAACCUUGAGGAGAUAAAGCAGCGUCGCGCUUCGAUCUAUCAUGGGGCAAAGAAGAAGCUGGAGCAAAUGGAGAAGGAGGAGCAGGAAAGAUGGGAGAGGCGACGGCGAGGUUUGUAUGGCCUGAGCAACAGUGAGAAGGCUUGCUUUGCGCGGCCUGUACCUGCUGCGCCAGACACUCUGGCGCGCAUGAAAGACAUGGGCGGCGUGGGCGGUACCAGGCCUGAAAGGCGAAGCGUCAGCAAAGGCACUAUGGGCACGGUGCGUUCGGAGAGUGCUUGCUCGGAUGAUGGCCAACAAAGUCCCAAGCCGCGACGCCGAAAUGCGGCGCUUGUGACGGAGAGGGCGGCACUAAGCUCAGUGGAGCUGACGGAGGAGGCGGUGGAGCGCAUUCUGAGAGUCCUCUUCCCAACCAACCCGGCAUCCAUGGCACGGGUUGGCAGCAGCUACCGACGGCAGCGGGGGGUCAAGGCCCUGGCCUUCCAGGCGAAUAACGCUUCCUUAAGCGUGCCUGCGCUGCCCUCCAUUAGCGCCCUGGGAAGCGAUGACAGCACGGCAGUCAAGCGCAGCCUCACAAGUGUGCUCAAACCUUCCAAGGACAAGCAGUCACUCGCAGAGGCUCGGGACUUCAAGGCUCUUUUGCUGUUGUCUCCGCGGUCUGCCCUCGACCAGUCGCUGAAAAAGGUCGUGUCGGGAAUAGAUGCACAACAGCUCAAGAAGAUGAGUGACCUUCUGAAGCGCGAAUUGAACAUCAAGUUUGAAGCCCAAGAUUCUUCGGCACCACGCAGGCAGCCUCUUUACGUCACUCCAGAGAAUGCAGGGACAAAGAGAGACAAGGAGGUCCUGGGACGGUCAAAGUAUGAAGCCAGCAGCGUGGCCGAGGUUUGGGAAAGCGCGGAGCAGCCUGACUUCACAAAAAAACCUGUAUUCCACAGACUAAAGAAUGCGGCUCUGCUUGUCCGCAAGAUUGGAGACAUGUCGGACGAGCUGAACAAGGAGGGAGGAGAAGCUAUUGCGUUUGCUCGACGUCAGCAGCCUGCACCACUCGGCGAUGAUUGCAAUUUCUCUUUGAGGAAAUUUCGCAAGAGGCUUUUGGGCAAGCAUAUGUGUCUGGCCGACGCUUUCCGCUGCUUGGACUUGAACGUGAACCAGAAGAUUGGGCCUCAGGAGUGGGGCGCAAUGUUCCGUGGCUCUGGCCUGGCGACCUUUCGUGAGGCACGGAUCAGCUUUGAACUUCUUGAUCUGAAUCGGGACGGCAGCGUUACCUUGGGCGAGUUCCAGGCGGCGCUUGAAGGUGUGGCUGAGAUCACGGGCAUCGAUGGUCUCCGAAAGCGUUUGGUAGCCUUUGGCUACACGAAGACGAUGCAGGCAUUGGAGUCCAUGGAGGGUAACGGCCUGGUCAAUCCAGCGAAGCCCUUGAUUCUCGAGGAAUUUGGUGCCGCCUUAUGUCGCAUACACGUUGUUGAGCCAGAUGAGCACAGGGCCAUCUUCGACAACGUGAGAGACAGCGGAGAUCCUGUCAGCAAGGCGUCUCUGCACGACUUGGUUGCGGCGCUAGGAAGUGUCGGCCCGUCCCUGCUGAUGGAGGAUAUUGCCGACCGUGCUCGACUGAGAUUCGGGAACAGCGAUGCUGUUUGGGCAGGUCUUGGUCCAGGCAGCGCUAGGCAAGAGAACAUCGAUCUGAAGGUCUUCGAAAGAAAGCUGAUUGACCAGCUAAGCGUGCCCAAGAUGUCCGCACAAAAGGCAUGUCGAAUUCUGGAUGUGGAUGAUGGUGGGGACCUAUCACGUUCGGAGCUUAUCUCCGCACUGGCGCUGUCCCGGCCCACGCUGCACAUGGAAGACUUCCGCCGGAAGGUUCAGCAGCGCUAUCGCAGCAUCGAAGCCAUCUUCCGCGAGUGCUUUGAGCAUUUGGAGAGUGAGGAGCUAAACAAUGAUGACGACAUGCGGCUCACAUGCAGUGAGUUUGCGGAGAUCUUGGAGGAGCUGGACUUCAGCAGGCGAGAGACCAGCUACCUGUUUUGGCUCGCCGACGCAAAUGGAACAGCAAAGCUUACCCUUUACGAGUUCUUUCGUGGGGUGAAGCUUUUCGUGCCAAGCUGCGUGGUCGAGGGCAUCCGACUACAGGCUCUGGUCCAUCAUCGCCGGAUUUCAGAUCUUUUCCGGAACUCGGGCGUGGCCUGGGACCGGCGUUUGAACUUUCAGGCAUUCACGCAGCUUCUGACCAAGCUGGACGUGAAGUGUGAGGACCCACAGCUCAUCUUUGACUUCUUGGAUGUUCGCAGUUGUGGCUCCGUUUGCAUCAGUGAGGUGGUAUCCUGCUUGCAGAAUAUUAGCCCUGGAGUGAAGGAACGAUCCACAACGCAAGAAUCAGACAAGAGAGUGGAGAAGGAUGUUCGGGCAACGCUUGCUCCGAUGCACAAGACAGUUACGGAGCUGAAGUCUACCAUGAAGCGGGACGUGUCCGAGGAGAGUAAAACUUGCAAAUUCAGAUCGAAAUCGGCAACCCAGAGGAUUCAGAUACAAAACGAAAAGUUGACUCGCUGA